CAAGUCCUCUAGAAGGACAGAAGAAGAAGGUAGGAACAUACUUUGGGUUCCGUCGGAGAUCAGGCGGAGGCGACUGCGGGACACUGACAACUGUGUCUGAGAGCCUUUACCCUAUUAAAUUCAGACAUAAAAAAGUCCCAGAUGGAUGCUGCUGGUCAAGAAGCAGAACGAGGAGCUGCCGUCGGUGGUGUCCAGGUUGAGAUUGUUCAGGGGACCAUCGAGACGCAGCAGGCAGAUGUCCUGGUAUCUCCAAUGGUUGGAGACAACCCUCGCUCUACCCGUGUCGGAAACAUUAUUUGUAAAGCGGCAGGCUCUCGGCUGACCAAUGGGUUUAGGAAAGUAGGAGGAGAAGAAGCGAUGCCUGGCGACUCGGUACUGGUGGAGGGGUUACCUGGACUGCCGACUCAUGCUGUGUUCUUUCUCAGCCUUAUCCCCUGGAACGGUGAUGAAAGUGGAACAGCAGUGCAGGUUCUCAGACUGGGCAUUAACAACAUCCUGACAUCGUGUGAGAAGGGAGGCUUUGCAUCUGUGGCUCUGCCUGUACUUGGGGUCGGUAUUGCCCUGCGUUUUCCUCACAGUGUGGUGGCCAGGGUCUUAAUGGAGGAAAUCCGUGCAUUUGAAGAGACUCGAACCAGCAGCACAAGCCUUCUGGUCCGCAUCGUCACACACCCCAUUGAUAGAGAAGCCUAUGAGGCCUUCAUGUCUGUCCAGGAAGCAAUGACACACAAAGAAAUCACUGAAAAUUACUACAAAGAUGAUCAAGACUCAACAACAAAGAGGAUCGUUUUACUGGGCAAAACAGGCUCUGGGAAAAGCCACUUGGCCAACACCAUAUUUGGGGAGGAGCUUUUCACCGCAAACAAUAGCGCAAACUCUGGAACGAACCAGUGCCAAGUUGAGACCAAGAGCAUCAGUGGAAAGAGCAUCACGCUGGUCGACACGCCGGGUUUCUUCGACACUGGAAGGCCCGAGGAGGAGCUGAACCGUGAGAUCAUAAGCUCCAUGACGACGUGCUCUCCUGGGCCUCACGUUUUCCUCAUUGUGCUUAAAGUGGAAAGAUUCACAAGGCAUGAGCAGGAGCUAGUCGGUGAAAUAUGCAAGCAUUUCUCAGAAGAUGCUUUAAAAUACGCCGUCGUUGUCUUCACUCACGGUGAGCAGCUCCAGAAAGAGACCAAAAUUGAAGAGUUUGUCGGUCAGAAUGAGAAUCUGAGGAAUUUAGUGGCAAAGUGUGGCGGCCGGUGCCACGUCUUUGACAAUAAAUACUGGGAAAAUAAAGGUCAGAAUAAUUACAGGUGCAACCAGCUCCAGCUGGAGGCCUUACUUCAAACAAUAGACAAGAUGGUGAAAGAAAAAGACGGCGCGUACUACACCAACAAAUUUUUGCAGAAUGUGGAGAAAGAUAUCCGGAAACAGGAAGGGCGGAUUAGAGCGUCAUCGGGACACUUAGCCCUACAGGAGAUUAGAAAACUGGCACAAGCAAAUGUGUCCAAUCAAUAUUUGAUCCAACUGGCAGGAAUUUCAACAGGAGCUCUGUUAGGGGCUUUUUUUGGUGUGGAAGCCAUGAUCAGAUAUGUAUUCAAGAAAUUCCCUGGAGGAAUCUCAUUAGUGGGGUCUGCAGUAAUAGCUGGAGAGGUGACACUCACUACUGGAGUGAUAGCCAGUGUGGCUAUAGGAACUGCAGCAGUGGCUGGAGGAAUAAUUGGAGGUAAGACUGGACACGAUGCAGCUGUGGGGGCAAAAUCACCAACGGAGGCUGUAGAAAGGGCAUACAAGGCUGUCACUGACAAGAGACAUGCUACGUUACAGAAGCUGGAAAAGAAUUAAAGGGAGAAGAACAAGGGUUUUUACGAUUGCAUCUCAGUCUGCACAUUUCUCUCUUACAUGUGGAAAACUUGAGCACAAAUAGUCCCAAUAGU